AUGGCCAACUCUCAUUCUCUCUUUCUUUAAAUAGUACGCCUUCUGCAUUCAAAAUCGAUCAAAUCCCUUCCAUUAUAGUCCAACGAACAUGGCCGGUGAGCUCAGCCUAUUUUUGCCGGUCCUCAUAUUGGUAGGAUUGUUGCAUGGUCAAAUUUGUGUAGUUGCAGGUGAACCGGAAGUGCCAUGUUACUUCAUAUUUGGAGAUUCAUUGUUUGAUAGUGGCAAUAACAACGGUCUCAAAACGACAGCUAAAGCCAAUUAUCCGCCUUAUGGAAUUGAUUUUUCAAAAGGGGUGAGUACCGGUAGAUUCACCAACGGCCGAACCGUCGCAGACAUCAUCGGUCAACUUUUGGGUUUUGUUGACUUUAUCCCACCUUACGCUACCAUAACAGACAAAGUGAUCACCACAGGCGUAAACUACGCUAGUGGUAGUGCUGGUAUCCGAGAGGAAUCUGGAAGUCAUUUGGGUGAUCGGAUCAGUUUAGAUAGGCAAUUACUCAAUCACGUCACAACAAUUUCACGCAUUUCUGCCUUGCAAAGCAACAAGACAUUUACCGCUGAGUACCUUAAAAAAUGCAUUUACUUAUCAAAUAUAGGAAGCAAUGAUUACAUCAACAAUUACUUGAUACCUAAUAAUUACCCCACAAGCAACACAUAUACUGUUGAUCAGUAUGCAACAGUUCUUGUGCAACAAUACUCUCAACAACUAAAGACGUUGUACAAUUUGGGAGCUAGGAAGAUUGCUGUGUUUGGUCUGGGUCAGGUAGGGUGCGCCCCAGCUGAGAUAGCAAUGUUUGGCACUAAUGGAAAACCAUGUGUUGAGUGGAUUAAUGAUGCAGUUAUGCUAUUCAAUGACAGGCUUAAGCAUCUUGUUGAGAAGCUAAAUAGUGAUUAUUCUGAUGCAAAGUUCACUUUCAUCAACCUGAAAAGCAUUUCAGCCCCACAAGGAGAUGUACCGGUGCCAAGUGUUCCUUGUUGUCAAGUAAGGGAAGAUGGACAAUGUGUUGCAAACUCAAUCCCAUGCCCUCUUCGGAUUUUGUCUAUUUUCUAUGAUGGUUUUCAUCCCACAGAAGUAGCAAACACGCUAGUUGCAACAAGGUCAUACAUUGCACUCUUACCUACGGAUGCAUCUCCAUACGAUAUUAGUCAUCUUGCUCGACUUUAACAUUCAACAAGGUUGCAUGAUACAUAUUGUUUUCUGAUUCUUUCUAUACAUAAACAUAAAUUACAUUGAUGACAAUACUUGUAUCUCAUUAUGUGUUUUUCUUUACAUCAACUACUUAAACAAAAUUCACCAAAUUACGGUUUGAUUUUGUGUUUUCCCCUACAUAAUUAAA